UGUAUGACGUAUGACGUACAGACGAGGGCUCGGAUUCCGGAAAUGAAGCGCAAAGCUCAGCGUUAACGCUCUUGAUAGUAAUUGUCAAUCUCAAAUAGAGGACUUCCAUUGGACAAAUUGCUGCUCAGAUGAAGAGGGCUCGCCUGGCGGACCAGUUGUGUCACCCCUCCUUGCCAUGGCAGCGCCCUAUUUCCCCACAUUCCUCCUCCUCAUUUUUUUCUCCUCCAUAGCCCUCUUGGUGCUCACCGUUCUGCCGGCCGUCACUCCGUCCCUCCCACAAACCGCCCCGUCCUUGUCCUCCCGCUGGCCGUCCUGCGGUCCGGGUCAGUCUUGGGCUGUGCGGAUCCACCACAGCCCGCCUCGCCACGAGGAGGAUGAGGGAGCGGGCUCGACACACCUGGAUGUGAUAGCUGACAGGGUAGCAAAGCAGGCGGGUCUGCAGAACCGGGGACAGAUUGGGGAGCUGGAAGGCCACUAUCUGCUCUGCUCAUUGCAGCCUGACUCUAAAUCUUUAGGAGGCAUCUGGAAAAGGAGCAUCCAGCCGGGGGAUGUUCUAGCAACGCAUCCUUAUGUGCUGUGGUACUCCAAGGAGAGAGCGCUCAGCCGCUCAAAGAGGUCUUUGGCCUUCAACGACCCCGACUACCCGAAACAGUGGCACCUGCAUAAUAAAAUAAACCGAGGCAUGGAUAUCAACGUGACUGGAGUGUGGGAGCGUAACAUCACCGGGCAGGGCGUCACUGUUGUGGUUGUGGAUGAUGGAGUGGAACACUCCCACCAGGACAUUCAUCUCAACUACAGUCCGGAGGGCAGUUACGACCUGAACUCCAACGACCCGGACCCCAUGCCUCACCCAGACCUGCGCAGCGACAACCACCACGGGACCCGGUGCGCCGGGGAGAUCGCCGCCGUCCCCAACAACAGCUUCUGCGCCGUGGGCGUGGCCUACGGCAGCAAGGUGGCGGGCAUCAGAGUCCUGGAUGGGCCCCUGACCGACAGCCUAGAGGCCAUAGCCUUUAACAAGCACUACCAGAUAAAUGACAUCUACAGCUGCAGUUGGGGACCGGAUGACGACGGGCACACCGUGGACGGACCUCAUCCUCUGGGCAAGGCUGCACUGCAGCACGGGGUGAUCGCGGGCCGACGAGGCUUCGGGAGCAUCUUCGUGGUCGCCAGCGGUAACGGCGGGCAGUACGACGACAACUGCAACUACGAUGGCUACGCCAACUCCAUCUACACCAUCACAGUAGGAGCGGUCGACGAGGAGGGCAAGAAGCCGUUCUACGCGGAGGAUUGCGCGUCCAUGCUGGCCGUCACUUUCAGCAGUGGGGGGGCCAGAUCACGGAACAUUGUGACAUCGGAUUGGUCGGUGCGCAGCAAGAGGGGCUGCACGGAGGGCCACACCGGCACGUCCGCAGCAGCGCCCCUGGCAGCAGGAAUGGUGGCCCUCAUGCUGCAGGUGCGGCCCUGCCUGACCUGGAGGGACGUUCAGCAUAUCGUCGCCUUCACCGCCACCCAGUGCGACAGCUUGGCAGACUGGGGAGUGAAUGGGGCAGGAUUUCACCACAGCCACCAGCACGGCUUUGGUCUGCUCAACGCAUGGAGACUUGUUAAUGCUGCCAAGGUGUGGGAGUCUGUGCCUUUCCUGGUGUCCUAUCAGAGUUCAGUAAUAAAGGAGGACGUACCCAUUCUGAGCCAUCCGAACGUCUUGGUCCGUACCUGGAACGUCUCUGCAGCUGACCUGGACCCGUCCGGGAUGCGAACUCUGGAGCACGUGGCUGUUACCGUGACCAUAACCCACCCCUGCCGGGGGAACGUGGAGAUCGUGCUGCUGUGUCCCAGUGGCAUGAGAUCCCUCAUCGGGGCUCCCAGGUCCAUCGACAGAGAUCCUUCAGGCUACCAGGACUGGACAUUCUCCACCGUGCGCUGCUGGGGGGAGAGGGCUGAAGGCCAGUACACCCUCAAAAUCACCGACUACAAGGACGCGCAGUCCGAUCAGUGCGCCGCCGUAGGAGUGUUGAAGCAGUGGAAGCUCACCCUGUACGGUUCGUCUAUGACUUACAGCGAAGUGAAGGAGAGACAAAGGCUGGUGGAGGAGGCUAUGAGUGGCAAACAUCUGGACAGCAACUUCUCUCUGCCCUGCCCUCCAGGCUUGGACAUCCCUCCAGAGAUCGUCAGCCCCUUCACCUCCAACAACCUGAAGUUCCUGCUGCUGCUCGGAUGCUUCUCGCUCUUCUGGUCCCUCUACUACGUCCUGGACGUGACGCUCGGUCACGUGUACCUCAGGGGCCUCCUGUGCCUGCCGAGGAGCCGCAGCCGCCACCGAACGAGCCGCACCAGCAAAGGGAGGGGCGUGGAGGAGGCGGUGCCGUACAGGGACGAGGAGGAGCAGGACUCCGGGGUGGAGCUGCUGGCCGUGCUGGACUCGGAGGUCAAAGUUCCCAACGGCAGGGAACAGCUGGAGACGUAGCAGCCAACCCAAACGUUGUCAAUCUCUGUGCCCGCGGGGUUCUCUCAGGCUUUUUCCCCCCCCCCCGCUCUGAUUGCACUCCCCUCUAGCAGCGGUGAUGGUACUCAAAGACCGAACUGCAGAUGAAUCAUAGAGUGGAUUUCCUACUCUUUGUCCUUUGCUGCGGUGCCCCCCCCCUCCCUCUCUCCCCCCCAGCAAAAAAGUGGCCUUGUCUGUGUUUGAGCUGUUACCGUACGUCUGUCCUUGUGCACUUCUUCCUAAACCCAUGUCUUCUCUUGGAAAGUAGGAUGCUAUGGGUUCAAACCUCCUGUGAUUUUGAAGCUUUCGGGGGGUGCAUGAUCUGCAGGUGGCGUGUUGGGAUCCAGCCUCCCAGUAUAGUGGCACAUGUUCACGUUGGGUGGGGAAACCUGCACCCAAAGGAAGGUCGCCUCUCCAGAUUAAGGUGGAAACACCUGUGCCAGUAAAAAGGAAAAUGGUUGUGUGCAAUAAAUAAGGGAUUUGGGUGUGUGUGUGCGUGUCCUUGUAACAUCCAGGGUCUUCCUUUUUAAAAAGUGUUCAGAUAAUGUGACUUUUACAGGGGUAUUCUUGUAUUAUUUUUUUUUUUAUCACAUCUAUUAUUUCAUCCUUCAGAUUUGUACAUCUGUUUCCUUUUUUUUUAUCAUCUGUGGCUAAUUACGCAACAUCUGAUUAAAACUUGAAGUGGGAUUUUUCCAGCUUGGGAUUUGUUACUUGUAUAUUUUUAUAAAGUGUAAUAUAUCAACAAAUCGUGCCUGCUCAACAGAGUUGCUGUAUAUGGACUGCAUCAUAGGAUUUUUACACUUUUUAAUGAAUGUAUUCGAGGCUGCAGGUUUUUGUUUUUUUAUGACUAUGAACAAAUUUUUCUGAGUGUAGCUGGAAUCUGUGUUUUGCUGUGCAAGUCACGGAUUGUUUAAAUGAAAAUCAUAAUAAAAAAAAAACUUGGUGGUGUUGA